AUGUCAAGCCAGAAACAAGACCAGCCAGAAGCUAAUGGCGCCACCACUACCACAGCACCUUCUGAGACUAAAGAUGAAAGUGUGCGCGCUCUUGUAUCAUUAGAAGAAGAUGACGAGUUUGAGGAUUUCCCAGUUGAACAAUGGAAUGACGGAGAUUUGGACCCAGAACUGGCAGAAGGUGGCGAACGACUUUGGGAAGAAAAAUGGGAUGACGAUGAUGCCGAUGACGAUUUUGCGGCGCAACUCAGAGAAGAAUUGCGAAAAAAUAGUGUUUAA